AUGGCUAAAAUUUCCAACCGUAAACUACCAAAAAAUGUCCAUUCAUCUCUUGAGUGGAAUUUUCAGAAUAACGAUCCAAACUCUUCCAGCGAUUCAUGUUGGUCUUGGUCGGAUGUCUAUAGAUAUCAAAGAAACAACAAUGCUCAAGACAACCGUGUUAAAGUCGUAGUGUCUGUGGAACAAACUUUGUAUGAUGUCGCUGAACUGCUUGAAAGGAGACUAGGGAUUUGUCUUUCUGGCUGCCAGUUUUAUCUUCAAGAUCGAAUCAAGCUUCGUGGGGAAUCGCCCCUGGUUGAACAUUGUGUUGAAAUAUCCGGUUUAGUUCAGCUAUUACUUGAGGUAAAAACAGCACAUGCAGGCUAUCCAUUUCGACUCAAUGUUGUCGAUAUUCAAAUCCCAGAAUCGGUUGAUCAUCAUGGACCUAACUCUACUAUACCAACCGAAAAAAGCAAACGUCCUGGUAUCGCAAAAGGACCAGGACAACAGAUAUCCAGUGUAAAUUCGGUAAAAAACGAGGAAUCAAGGAAUGAUAGUGCUCUUUCCAGUUCUAACAGACCAAUAAGUCCAAAACCCGAAUGUAUAUCCCCUCUCACUGUUGCCGCAGCUGUGGCAGCGGCAGCUGAUAUUGCAUCAGGAGGGUCUGGCUUAUUGGAAUCACAGCCUUCUCUCAAUGAAAACGGUAUGGUCUCAGAUGAAUCUGUUAUUCCAGAAGCAUGCAAUAUUCUUGAUAUACACUCAUCGCAAAAUCCUUAUUUAGGAUCCCAGUUGGAACCUGGUGGAAUUCCUGGAGCUUACGACUUGGAAAGCUUAUCAAGAUGGGUUCCUGAUGGUCACUAUCGACGUUUAAUGGAAAUGAAUGAUAUUCCACGUGAUCCUAUUGAGUGGAAUUCGACACAGGUUAUUAUGUGGAUAAAUUGGGCUUGCAAACAAUUUAGGAUUGAAGGCCUAAAAGGCGAAAAGUUGUUCAACAUGCCUGGGUCUAGCAUGUUUGUUCUAACACCAGAUGAUUGGCGACGUUUAGUUCCCAACGCCAACGUUAACUUCUUAACUCACUUAGAGCUACUUAAACGGUGUCGAAAUGUUUGUGUUCCUUAUUGUCCACAACCCCCACAACAGAGCGCAACCCAAUCCCAAAAAUUGUACAGACAAAUGUCACGAUCCCGCUUUCGUAGCUCUAGAAAUUUGACGGAAACGAAUUCUAGUAGGAGUUUUGGUGGAAGUAUUGUAUUUGCGCCGUCGUACUCGGGAGCCUUAAAUUCCUACGAUAUGAAUAAUUCUAACCCACGAAUGAUGUGUUCAAAACCAGUGUUUUUGUCAUGUAAUGAUUCAAAUAGUCACGUUCCAACAUCCAGUACAGUUACAUUAAUGAACGAAACGACUGCUAAUCAGAACUCAUCCAACUACAUAAAUAACGGGGUAUGCGAGUCGUCUUCAGGUGGUGGUCAGUUAAUUCAUGGUGCAUUUUUAUUAGCUCAAAAUGGUAACACUCUUCAACAAGGAAUUUCUAAUUCUCAAUCAUCUGCAGCUGGUCAAGUUCAACUGUGGCAGUUUUUACUUGAACUACUUACAGAUUGGAGAUACCGUGAAGCUAUACACUGGAUUAGCGAUGAUGGUGAAUUUAAAUUAAGUAAUCCUGAACAAGUAGCUGCAAUGUGGGGUCAUCGAAAAAACAAACCUGCUAUGAAUUACGAGAAGUUAUCUCGAGCAUUACGAUAUUAUUAUGAUGGUGAUAUGAUUUCAAAGGUUCAUGGAAAACGUUUCGUUUACAAAUUCAUUUGUGAUUUAAAGACUCUACUUGGUUUUUCAGCUGGCGAGCUAUAUAUGUUAGUGAAAAAUUGUGCUGAAAGGCAUUCACAUCGAGGGAAAAAGCGGCGUUUGACUACAGGGUCUACAUACUCUCCAGUAAACAGUCAUACACUGUCUACAUUUCCUAUAGACGAUAGGACUGUGUUCCCAAUACCCGCAGAACAUCCUCGUCCAAUUAAUUUUUUAAACCGGUCUGUACAGCGCAAUGUGACCCCUGGUUACUGCCUCGAUAUCGUCACACCUUCAGAUCCCCUUUCUUAUAAUGUUCCGUUCUCACCCACAUACCGUAUUAGACAACCGGUCAAAUCGGAAAAUGGAGUAAACAGUAAUACACUAGAACAACACUCUAGUAGUUCAUUAGUCCGUCAGUCAUUCCAGCGAAAAAGAUUUUUGGGUUUACAGCCAACUACCGUAAAUACUGACAAUAUUGUUUUUGAAGAUGACUCUAUUCAUAAUAAUGCUUCUGACUCUGAGCAUCAUGAAAACGAUCGAUCACGUGCCCCCACCAGUCCUUGGAGGCUGCGACGACGCUGGUGGGCUCGCAAUCCUUUGUCUGGUGUUUCACCACUUGGCUCUCCUCCUUACUCAUCUCCUUCAUACACUGAACGCUUAUCUUCUGAUUCUGCUCGACAACGAGACGAUGUUUCUGAUCGCUUCAACGGUUCAUGCUCAUCGAUAGCUGGUGCAAGUUCUCAGUUCAGCCAUUCACAGUUCACAGUUGACGAGGACUGGGUUGCCGCCGCAGCGUUAACGGAGGAUAUGGCAAAUGAAUCGUCCAUGAAUUCCUCCACUUCGGUCAAUAGUUCAUUUCGAUCUAAUGGAAUUUCUCUUCCCCAACCUCCCACUCCCAAUACUACUGUAACUGGCUUUGAUGAAGGAGAGAUAGCUUCCGCCGCUGCUUCAUUAUUCAGUCAAUCAAGCCAAUCAGAACCUCCCUUAGUAGUGGAUCAAACGAAUACCGUUCCCAAAAAGAGAACGCUAUCUUCUAACUUAUCUGAUUAUCGCUGUGAAACGAAAGAGGUUAGAGAUGAUUCUCUUAUCGAAGAUACCGUAUACGGUUCUCGGUUAAGUCAUUUAGGUAGUACCAAGUAUAUCUCUAAUAACCGGUCAUCUAUGCGUAAUUAUGGUCCUGUUUUAUUAUCUAGUUAUAGUCAAGGCAUAGAUAUCGAUGCCUUUUUAGCUCAUUGA